GGCCCCGGCUCCCCUCCUUUCCUUCCCCCAACGAACACCACGUCCACGCCUCUGCUUGACAUGCUGCUAAACAGACUGCAGGCUUUUUAUUCUUAUUUUCUAUAGCUGAUAAUGUGUGCAGCGAGAUAAGACAGAGAGGACGGGACUCCUUGUGGGUUUUUUUUUUUUUUUCCUCACACGGGCAGUUGUGGGAUCGCACCUGGAGAUGCUCAGGGCUAAUUUCCUGCUCUGUGCUCAGGGGCAGGAAUUGGAUAUUUAGGACAGUGGAUUGGAACCAGGCACGGCAUUGUAAGGCAAGACUAGGGCCUGUGUAUCACCUGCUGUAGCAUAAAAACCACGACCACAAAAUGGAGAAGGUCGGCGCCGGCCAAGAGGGAGAGAGCAACAACCAGCAGGCCGUGGCCGCGCAGAGCCCAGGAGACUUGCACCACCUGAGCAUCCAGCGCUGCAUCGAGUCCCUGGUGCACGCCUGCCAGUGCCACAACGCCAGCUGCUCGCUGCCGUCCUGCCAGAAGAUGAAGCGGGUCAUGCGACACACCCAGGAUUGCAGGCAGAAGAACAACGGCGGGUGCCCCAUCUGCAAGCAGCUCAUCGCCCUCUGCUGCUACCAUGCCAAGCAGUGCCAGGAGAACAAGUGCCCCAUGCCCUUCUGCUUAAACAUCAAGCAAAAGCUCCGGCGGCAGCAGCUGCUGGAGCGGCUCCAGCGGGCACAGCUGCUCCGGCGCAGGAUGGCCAGCAUGCAGUGGGCCGGAGCAGCGUCCCAGCAGCAGGGCCUGCCCUCCCCGAAUGCUGCCGCCCCACAGGCGCCCCAGCCCCCCUUGCAGCCUCAGCCCACCCCUCCCAACAGCCAAGUGAUCCCCCCAACUGGCCCUGAGACUGCGCAGCCACCCCUUCCUGGGCCCCCAGCAGCAGGGGUGGAAGUGGCCGUGCAGCCCAGUGGGCAUUUGGAGGCCAGGAUGGGGCCCACGGGCAUGCAGCAGCAGGCACCAUGGGCCCAAGGAGGAUCGCCUCAGGCCCUACCCGUCCAGUCUGGGAUGCCAGGGCCGGCCAUGAUGGCCCAGCAUGGCCAGCCUUUGAACAUGGCUCCCCAGCCGGGACUGGGCCAGGCGGGCGUGAACCCUCUCAGGCCGGUCACUGUGUCUCAGCAGGCCCUGAGGGAGCUCCUGCGGGUCCUGAGGUCUCCCAGCUCUCCCCUGCAGCAGCAGCAGGUGCUCAGUAUGCUUCACGCCAACCCCAUGCUGUUGUGUGCGUUCAUCAAGAACCGGUCUGCCACGUGUGCCCGCGCUAACGCACAGCCCGUCCCUGGGCAGCCGGGCAUGCCCCAGGGCCAGCCUGGGCAGCAGCCUCUUGCCAGGCCAGGUCAGCAGGAUGUCCGCAACAAUCCCGCCGCGCAGAACGUGAACCCCAUGCAGGCAGGCGCCCCCCAGCAGGCCUGGCGCCGCAGAGGUGGCAGCAGCAGCUGCAGCCGCCGCUGGGCGGGCUAAGCCCCCAGGCGCAGCAGAUGAACAUGAACCACGGCGCCAUGCCUUCGCGGUUCUGAGACGUCCAUUGACUCCAGCGGAUACUCCGGGGGGGUGGGGGGCGGGGGGGCACUGGGAUGGCCAACUGAAACCCCUUCCAGCAGACCCCUCCCUCCCAGCCCUUCCCCGAGGAUGCAUCCUGAACCUUCUCACCACGUGUCCCCACAGACCGGUUCACCACAUCCCAGACUGGUCGCUGCCCAGGCCAACCCCAUGGAACAAGGGCAUUUUGCCAGCCCGGACCAGAAUUCGAUGCUUUCCCAGCUUGCUAAUAAUCCACGCAUGGCAAACCUCCAUGGUGCGAGUGCCACGGAACUGGGACUCGGCACCGAGAACUCGGACUUGAAUCCAAGCUUCUCACAGAGUACGCUAGACAUACACUAGAGACACCUUGCAGUAUUUUGGGAGCAAAGAAAUUUUCUCUUUAACACGACUGUGUACUGAAAACAAUGUUUUCAAUCUUUCUUAACCUAAAUGAUAAUUUUCUUUGCAGCAUGUAAGAACUGCAGUAGCAGAGCUGGAGCGAUAGCACAAGGGGUAGGGUGUUUGCCUUGCAUGCAGCCUACCUGGGUUCGAUUCCCAGCUUCCCUUAUGGUUCUCUGAGCACCGCCCGUGGUAAUGUCUGAGUCUGACAGAGCCAGGAGUGACCCCUCCCUGUGCAUUGCCAGGUGUGACUCAAAAAGAAAAAAGAAAAAGAAAACUGUAGUAGCCUGUUUGUCGUUAAAGCAAACACGCAAGAGGCAUGAUGGAAUACAGAGAAUUUAUUUUUGUCAUGACUGGUUCCUGCCAGCCUUUCUUUCUCUGUUGUGGUUCAAGUGUGCACUGGGAGGGGGCUGAGGUCUGUGACGCAACCACAUGCUCCUGCCUUGCACCUCCAAUAGGUGUUUUUUGUAAAUUAAUGAUAUAUGUAAUGUUAAUAGUUAUUUACUGUGUGCAUGUUUGACAUUUUUUCCUAUAUUCUUCACCUUAUGGAAGAGUUAAGUAAAGUUAAGAUUUUUAAACCAGAGAACAAAAGGGGGUUACUGUUACUUUAAAAUUAUAUUCUAUGUAUUGUGAACUACUUUAUGAAAAUAAAAUAUAAAAUUUAAAAAAUACAUUCUAUAUAUAGUAAAAUACCAUUUUUUUUCUCUAGUGAAAAGACGUUUGUUCUUUUACAAUAAUUUUUUUAAAAAGGGAGCAAUAGUACAGUGGGUAGGGCGUUUGCCUUGCACUUGGCGGACUCAGGUUCAAUUCCCAGCAUCCCAAAGGGUCCCCCAAGCACCUCCUGUAGUAAUUCCUGAGGACAGAGCCAGGAGUAACUCCUGAGCAUCACUAGGUGUGACCCAAAAAGCAAAAAAAUAAUUAGAAAAUUUCCCUUUUGUACACAUGUCAAAUUUUUUUUUUUGGUUUUUUUUGGGUCACACCUGGCGUUGCACAGGGGUUACUCCUGGCUCUUCACUCAGGAAUUACCCCUGGCGGUGCCCCAGGGGACCAUAUGGGACGCUGGGAUUAGAACCCGGGUCGGCUGCAUGCAAGGCAAACGCCCUACCCGCUGUGCUAUUGCUCCAGCCCCUCAUGUCAAAUUUUGUGCUCCAGAAAAUUUCUAUUCCGCAAGUUUGUCAGAUCAUAAAGACCUCCAAAUAUUAAAAUAAUUUGUACCUGUAGAGAGAAAUGACUUUUUCCAACAUAGAGGCAUGUGCCAUAUUGAUGUAUUAAAUAUUGUGUUCUGUUUUUUGAAAGAAUUUUUUUCGUAAUUUUUAAUUCUAACAGGAAAAAAAAAGAGGAUAAGAAACAAUUCCAGUGUAACAAUUCUAACGUCUAAAAUGUCCUUGGGGUUUCUUCUUUGCAUGCUUGCUUCUUCCUUAUUCUACCCCUACUACACACACACCCACUCUUUCUGUAAACCGUGAAAAUAGAAAGUAAAAACCCUUCACUGUUGUAAAUCACACAGUUAAAAUUUAUUAGUAUAAAUACUAAUUUGGAUCACUGUAGAUAAAUAAAAUGCUAAAUUUUAUUACCUAUGCUUCAAUAAACUUCAAUAAACAGACAGA